AUGCUUGGGGGUCUAGCAGGAGCUCCUCCUGACCGCAGCCCUUGGAGCACGUGGCUGUCCCCCAAGCCGGCCUGUAGCUGCAUGUUGCGGGAUGCCUCUCGAGCAUGGAUAAUGGAUAAUGUCCCCCCACCACCCCCCAGUCCCCUCCGGGAAGAGGAGCCGCUGCUCGAGGAGCCGUCGCUGGAUUCCCAGCGCCUCCCGAAGCCCGGCGACCACCUCAAUGGGGCCUAUAUCAUCUUCUUCAUCCUGGGCAUCGGUUCCCUGCUCCCCUGGAACUUCUUCAUCACGGCCAAGCAGUACUGGGCAUUCAAGCUGCAGAACUGCUCCGAGCAGCCUGAGCCGGCGGCUCAUGGAGCUGACCUCCGCGACUUCUUUGAGAGUUACAUCUCCAUCGCUUCCACGUUGCCCUCGGUGCUCUGCCUGGUGGGAAACUUCUUGCUUCUCAACAGGGUGCCUGCCAGCGUCCGCAUCCUGUCCUCCCUCUUUGUGAUGCUGGCUGUCUUCCUGGUGAUCACGGUGCUGGUGAAGGUGGACACGUCAGCCUGGACCACGGGCUUCUUCGCCGUCACCAUCGUCUGUGUCGUGGUAGUCAGCGGCGCCUCCACCGUCUUCUCCAGCAGCAUCUUCGGCCUGACGAGCCGCUUCCCCAUGAAGAAUUCCCAGGCCUUGAUCUCUGGCCAGGCCAUGGGCGGCACGCUCAGCGCCGUCGCCUCCGUCAUCGACCUGGCAGCGGCGGCCGACGUCACCGACAGCGCCCUGGCCUACUUCCUCACGGCGGACAUCUUCAUCGUGGUCUGCAUCAUGGUCUACCUGCUGCUUCCCAGGCUGGAGUACUCCAGGUACUACAUGCAAAGGCGCAGGGAGACCCCGUAUCCAGCAGCAGGGCUGCCCAGCAACUCUGUAGGGGAAGGCUCCCAAGGAGCUGUGGGCAACUCGUUUUUAGCCAAAAGGACCGGUGCUCUGGAUAUCCCUCCGCUGCGGCCCAUCCUGAGGAAGACCGCUGUGCUCGGCUUCUGCGUCUUCUACGUCUUCUUCAUCUCCAUCAUCGUUUUCCCUUCACUCUCCUCCAACAUCGAGUCCGUCGACAGGUCCUCGGGCAGCCCGUGGACUGGCAAGUACUUCGUGCCGCUGACGAGCUUCCUGGUGUACAACUUUGCGGACUGGUGCGGGAGGCAGAUCACCGCCUGGAUCCAGGCGCCAGGGCCGAAGAGCCGGCUGCUGCCCGCGCUCGUCCUCCUGAGGACCCUCGCGCUGCCCUUGUUCAUCCUGAGCAACUUCCAGCCGCGGACUCGUCUCCAGACCGUGCUCUUCAACUGGGACGUGUACCCGGUGGCCUUCACGGCGCUGCUGGGGCUCAGCAAUGGCUAUCUGGGCACGCUCGCCAUGGUCUACGGCCCCAAGAUCGUGCCCAAAGAGCUGGCCGAGGCGGCCGGCGUGGUCAUGACCUUCUAUCUCAUGCUGGGGCUGGCGCUGGGCUCCGCCUGCUCCGUCCUCGUUGUCCACCUCAUAUAGCAGGGGC